AUGGCGGUGAGAGCGUCCUUCUGGACGAGGAGUCUGGUCUAUGAGCCGGAGCCGAAUGUGGUGAACACAGACAUCACCUCGCCGAUCGUGGCGAUGGCGCCGGCGUUCGCUGACUUGCUGGCGGUGCAGCUGCCCUUCCACGCAAAGAUCGUAGUCGUCUACAGGAUCGUGAAGCAGGUGUGGGUGUGGGAACAGGACGACGAGCCGCUUGAGGAGAGGGGGCGGUUCUACGCCAACUCACCGCCUUGGAUCGUGCAUCCGGCUGCCGGUGUGGAGCAGCGCUUGCAGAACAUGGCUGGGGAGGCGAGGUACCUGGUGGAGAGCCUUCUGAACUCCGCCCGCUUCUGGAGCAGCGAGUGGACCGUUCGGGGCAUCGAGAGGGUGGAGCUGAAACUCGCGCCUUCUGGUGAGGCAUUGAGGCUUCCAGCGCCAGCAGUGGGUGGGAGAAGCUGCCUGCAGGCGCAAGGUAGCAAGGGGAUCUGGAAUCCGAAAAACACCAGCGACAGCAGGUGCUUUGAGUGGUGCGUGCGAGGAUACCUGCUGGGGGUGGGAGAGGCGUCGAGCGAUGACAGAAAGCUUGCGAGCCGCAUCAACGGCAGCUUCUUCUUCAACAAGGACGGCUUCCUGAAGCCUGUGGACGUGAGCUUUGCUGGCUUGAGAACUCCGACUACUCUGGAGGACAUCUCCAGCUUCGAGGAGCAGAACCACGGCAGGCUGGCCAUCACGGUCUGGAGGUGGACGCGGCUGGAGUGGGAGGGAGCAACCUUUUUCGAGGAGGUGACGGUGAGAACGCCAACGGAGGUCGCUAGAAGGAACGCUCAGCACGAGGUGAACCUGCUGCAGCUGAGUGGUGGGCACUUUUGCUUGCUCCACAACAUGAACGCCUUCAGAAGUCACAAGGGCGCUCACCUGCCUCCGCUGCAGCAUAGGCUUCAAAAGUAA